GGUAUUCAAUGGCUGCCCUUCACCCACACUGUGAGGACCCUAAGAACUCCUUCUACCUCCUGGGUCACGUUGCAUUGGCAGACUACCAGCUGCAUGACCCCCAGUCCAGGUAUCCCACUGGGUAGCGUGGUAUUUAGAUGGUGGUCUCCAUCCAUCCGUCUACUUUUGCGUUUUCUCCUCGCUUAUCCCAUCUGCAGAGAGCUGACCGGCCCUGAGGCCCACGCUGGACAGAUGGCUGCUCUGGCUGUAGAAGUGUAUCCAAGCCCAGGCUUUCUUUACCCGCUGAGCGACUCUCUUUUAGUGACCCAGUGGGCGCUGUGCCACUUGACUUGUCCAGGCUGACCACACACAUGCCCUCUGUCAUUUUGGUGGUGGCUUUGCCUCCUUGUCACACCUGUGCCGCUUUAAAACUAAAAUGGCUGGUGUGUGUGUGUGUCGGACACAUGGCAGUUGGCUUGGUGCCAGUCUACAGAUAUAGCGCCUUUUCUUACCUCAGACCCAGAAGUGGUGCGAACGACAGGCUGUGGAGCAGCUGGUGUUUUCCUCACCCCUUAAGCCCCCCAUCUGGCACUCGGGCACUAAUCCACUCAGCCGGCCGCCUGGCCUUCUGUUGACUGCGUGCCUCAUCAGGGCACUGGAAGCCGCGUCACAACACCUCGCUAAUCCCACUUGACACCUCAACAGAAGGAGUGGCGAUCAGCCGGUCAGUCACGCCAGCAGGAGCCCACCGAGCGGUCAUGCCAUACCGAAGAAACGCCGCCCAGCAGCACAGAGGCUACAGCCGGCGCUGGAUGGGGCACAAGAGGUCCAACAGCACCAGUGUCUGCAAGCUGCCCAGCAUCCCCGAGUACCCGGGCUUCCAGGACAUGCAGGCUUACAGGAGUCUGCCCGGCAGCACUCCUUCCAGUCCGGUGGUCUCCGUGCGGCCAGCAAAGCGAAAUUCCUUUCCGUUCCCGAAGGUCGAGACGGCUUCCCCCGUUGAAAAUCUGGUCCACAGGAGCCUGCUGUUCCAGCAAGAGUUUGGCAGGUCUCAGGUGUGGGGGGGCUUCCAGGACAAGACCAUGGAAGACUACUUCAAUGAAAGGCUAGUGGAGCUGAAGAACCUGGAGAGCCGGCGCUGGCCGAGCUCCACUAUGGGGGUAUCGGGACCCCGGCACUGCAGCCGGGUGAGGCGCCGUAAUAGCUGCAGUGACCUCCGGGUGGGCGGCGCCGUCAAGGCCUGUAAGGGUCCCAUGAAAGGCUGCGAGGGGGCGAUGAAGUCCUACAGCAUGCUGGAUUUCUACAAAUGGUGCCGAAGUGACUGCUGGAAUAAGCUGGCACAGGGCAUCACCAGCUGGCGCGUCUUCAAGUCGUGA